AUGAAAACUGUUCGAAGUUCAAACGGCAGGCGGUUCAGACGAGUGGCAGCCCUCGGGGACGAGGCGAAUUCCUUUAUCCGUGGUGAAUGGGCCGCACUAAAGACCGCUGAACGCCGCGUCGUGUCCGACAGCGUGUAUACCAACACCGGUCGUGUAUCAAACGUGUGCGGAGCGGUGUGUCGCGGCGUUAUUUAUGCGCGACACGGCGCGGCCCGCGGCGUCGCCCGCGAUGCCUGCCCCAAUUCAUUCUGGACGGCCGCUUGGCGUCCUUUUGCUCUCGACGAGCCGAACGCCUUUGUA